AUGGCGACACCAUCUUCGAAGCCAAACCCGGGAGCAACCCCAACCCACCUGACUUCUUCUCCUCGUCCUUCUGGUGGGCAUAUGGCAAGACCCAUAGCUCACAAGUCACCGUCAACAAGGACACCCUCAGCAUCAGGACAUGGCCAUGGUCAUCAACCGAGCGUGUCCUCUCACCAAUAUGCCACGCCUCUUGCCGCAACUACAGGUAUUGACGAUGCUGUCACGUUCAGUUCACCUUCGGCUCUGCUUGCGCUCGGUGGUUAUAGCGGGAUUAGUCCUUCUCCUGCUGGGCAUGAUGCGCUGGUAGGCUCUGGUAUGAAUGAGAAUGACAUUCAGACGCUGGGAAUGCAGGGGAUCAAACUAAGAACUGCUCGGGAUAAUGAUGAAGAGCGGAGAAGACACAUUGAUGAUGUCGUCCAGCUAUUACGGACCCGCAUCGCCGGCAGGGCAGUUUGCAGAGAAGGGAUCGAGAGACUGGGCCAAUUUGAGAAAUUUGAAUCGAUCUGGCAGGAGGACAAUCUCAAUAUUGCUGGAAAUUUCGUUGACCUUGAGAUUGAAUUUUAUCGCGGUCAGAAUGUUGUGAAAGACGUCAGCCUCAACUAUCUAACGCAAGAAGGUACGGAUGGCGAACGGCGAGAAGAAGCUACGGCUGUCUUAAAGCGCGAUCUAGUGCAGAACCCGGAAGACGGAGAGCGUGGUAUAUGGAAGUCUUUGACUGGAUUUCAUGGGAAUCUACAGUGGCUUUCCAAACAUGACCGGCUCAGCCAGGAAGUCAAUUGCUUUGAAGCGAUUGAAGGUCUCUAUGCGAGCUUGAAACGGGUAUGGAGUGAGGAGCAGAAGCUUCCCAAGUACUCCCGUGAGUAUGAGCACCUAUGUGCAGGAGCUAUCGGCCGACCUGGUCUCCAUAGAGGGAAUCGAUUGGGACUCUGUUUGGAUUAUUGGAUUCCCCAGGCGCGAGUGCUAGACGCAAAGCAUACGAAAUCAUCUCCUGACGCCAUGGCCAUCGAUCAACCUGCUAGUCAAGCGACCGACGACGAUCUAGAGCCGCAAAAAGGAAAAUGGCGUGUUAUGAUCGAGUGCGAAGAAGGAUACCCGUCACUACGUAUUUCAAAAGAGUGGGUUGGCUCCGAAGCUCUUACCGUGGUGAACAAUGACGCGAAUGGCUCUUCUUCGAGUGAGACCGCCGCUUCAGACAUUGCAGUCGUCAACUGGGCCGAGCCACCCCCAACCAUGAGCUCCUUAAAUCAGGGUGGCUCCGAGGCGAUGGGGCUUGAUACAAGCAUGCUGGGUUCCUCCACACCGAACCGCCGAUUCGUCGCUCGAAUGGAGCCGCCUCUUGAUGUUCCCAUCUUGGCAGCUUCUGAUAUCUAUCGGCACCUGGGCAUUCAGCUGCCUCAUGAGUUUCGAAUGGUGACUUAUGACGGGUUGCUAGUUCCCGGAUGGUCGCCUCUGUCCGCGACGGAGGCGGACGCUGAAGACUCCAAUCAACCGAGUCGGAGAAGGCGAAGAACGUCUGUACAGGGGUUUGACCAGGAAGGCAAGCCUUGCACAAAACAUCAUGGUUACACUUUCCAGGCUUUCGAGUCAGUGGCAGGUCGAACCAUGCGUGAUAUACCAUUCUCGCAUCCGCGGCAACUUGCAGACAUCUUCCCGAUCCUUCGCCAGUAUGCUGUGCUAGCAAACCUUGUUCACAAAAUCUUCAAGGACGAAGGGUUGAAGAAAGAUAGCCGGGGAAAUACAGAGAGAACUUCCAGCCAACAAGAUCCUAGGUUGCCGACCAAGCAGAAUAAAACGAUCGUCUUGAGCAACAAAGAUCCGAAUGAGCAGAAGCUUGAACUAUUGCUGAAGGGACCAAACAAAUCAGCUGUUGGUGCCACGGGCAUCGGAGAAGACACUCCAAUGUCCUCGCCGACACCGCUGGACAACGACGGUGCCCGACGAGAAGAAGUCAAGGUGGAUGUGACUCUGCGAACUCAGCUCGGCCAAGCACCUGUGAUUAUGCUGCUGUUCACGGUGGAGGACCCUCGUCUCGCAAUUUCUCCUGGGGACUCCAUAUUGAGUAAGGUGUCGCUUAGUUUAGAGAUUGGGCCGAACGGCCGAAUCUCGGUUGUGGACAUGACGGGACUACUGGAGACCGAGAUCGCCGCAAAUGGCAAGCCUGAUGUACAAGUGGCUGAUGGCCAGGUCAAGGAGGCCCAUGGAUUGCAAAGCAAAAUCGCCAAGGUGCUAGAGAUAUCCCAAGAUAUUGGGAUACUGGUGGAAUGGGUGUCGCGGUGGGUACGGCAGCAGAAGGGUCGGGGGUGA